ACGGGAUACGUGCAGACAUCCAUCAACACCAUCCUCGAGCGCGGCUUCCUCCCCGCACCACCAUCCGCGUACUACACGCUCUACCCGCGCGCCCUCGACUCAACAGCCCCCGCCGCGCCCUCGAUCUUAAGUCAGUCCAAAUCCGCGAACCUCAUCCACCUCGAGGGCCGCGUCGCGGUGUCGUCCGAGGUCGUGGAGGCGCGGACGCCCGAGGAGGUCGCUGGGCGCGCGGAUUGGGAGGACAACGCGGAGAAGCGGGAGGCGAGCUUGCGCGAGCGGAAGGCGCAGAUGAUCCUGGCGGCGAGGCGG